CAAUCGUCAAAGAGCUUCAGGUUCGCCAAGGUACACCUGAUCAUGCGGGAAAGCUGAUGUCUUUGCGUUCGGUCCUGCGGCUCCGUGAUAAACCAAACUAUUAAAAAAAGGUUCUCAGACAGUAACGCGAUGUAAAUUCAACUUUGUUGGCAAAGUUUUCAACUACACGACGGAGAAGCAUAAGACUUAGCUUCAUGGCUGUGAUUGUGGUUGGUGUCAUAUUGCUUUGUUCCGGGUUGUUAUGGAACAGGACUUUCCUCGUAACCGGCCAGAGCUGUGUGAAUGAAAGCCAAUUUGAGGAGCAAGUGGUGUAUGUGGGCCAGCGAGCUCUUCCAUAUCGGCUGCAGUGCCCUCUAAAAUCUGUUCCACCGCAGAGCUCGGCCCAGAUUCAGAUUACAUGGCUGAAGGACUGCCGGGGGCUCCCAAGUCAGGUCACCCAAACUUUUCUCGACUUUCCCAGCAUCCGCUUUGAGGAUGAAGGAAAUUACACUUGUGUGGUACAGGACAACAGCACAGCAUCCUUCACUGUGCACCUCAGAGUGAAGGAGUCUCAGUGUGCCAAACCCCCUGAGUUCAAACCCAGUGAAGGCUCAAGCAAACUUUGGGGUAGGGUGGGCUCUGCCGUGAAGCUGAACUGCACCGCCCUCCUCUGGGACUCAUCAGAGGAACAAUGUGACCUGACGCUGCAGUGGCACAAAAAUGGCCAGCUCCUUAGCAACCACACAUACAACACAUCAUCAUGGCCAUCUGGUGAUGGUCAACUGAUGGUAUUUAGUCUGUUAGAGAUCAUCCUUAAAGAGCCAGAGGACUACGGCGUUUACAGCUGCACAAUGAAGAACAGUUCAUUGGACUUUGUCAUACAGAAUUCCGACAAUCCCAGCCACACAGCUGCUGUUAUUGCAGCCGUCGUCCUCCUCAUCCUCUUAACUGUCGCUGCUGUUGUUUACUCUCAGUGCCACCUGAAUAUCAAGCUCUGGUACAGGAACCUGUAUGGAGAUUAUGAACUUAAUGAUGGAAAAUUAUACGAUGCUUACAUUUCAUAUGUGAACAAUGACGCUGACAGAAAGUUUGUCAACUUUAUUCUCAAACCUCACCUGGAAAAUCAAAGUGGAUACAAAGUUCAACUCUGUGACAAUGAUAUUCUACCCGGAGCAGAACCUUCUGCAGAGCUCCUAAUGAACAUGAGUCGCUCCAGGCGUCUUAUUGUUCUCCUUUCUCAUGCCUACCUGGAGCAGGACUGGUGCUUCAAUAAUUUCAGACAGGGCUUGCUGCACUUACUGGAGAUAUGUCAGCAGCCUAUCCUCAUCAUGUGGGACGGGCAGUACAAGCAGAUGAGUUCUGAGGUCAAGCAGCAGCUCGGUGCGCACCAGCAUCGCCUCACCGUACUGACAUGGAGGCACAACUCUGUGAUUCCUUCUUCUGUUUUCUGGAAGGAGUUGGCUUUAGCCAUGCCUCGCCACGUCUUCUUUCAUAAGGAAUCAGCUGGUGAUCCUCAGACUAUGCUGCAGGAUGACAAAGACCCCAUGCUGACCCUUGAUCCCGACUACCUGGACUGCCGCUCAGAAAUCGACCCGGCAGGAGACCUGGGUGUCCGCCUGCCUGUGUACAGGGCUCUCGCCUGUAAGGCACCCGUCCUUCCUGCUGCACCACUUAAAGCAGUGGAGCCAAAACCUUCUGACUUAGACGUGUCAGAUCUGGGAUCACGCAACUAUGGAGCACGCUCAGACUUCUACUGUCUGGUCACUGAGGACAUCUGAUCCGCACUUAUCUUAAAAUAAAAAGUAAAGACUGCAAAGUCCUCCACUUUUCAAUUUUCAAUUAUAAAAUUGCUUUUCUCAAUUGUACAGAUUUGUGUAAUAUCUACUUAAAAAUGUUUUAAAGUGACAAACUGUUUAAGCAUGUUCUUUUGGCUCCAACAGACUGCAGAGAAACUGAAAUAAAAAAAUUACUCAA